AUGAUCGAGGACACGCUCGAGGAGGAUUUGAACAAAACCACCCCCUUCCAGACCCCCAAGAACCGCAUCAGCCGGACCAAGGGCCAGUCUUCCCGCCGCACUGCCUUCGUCCGCGAGAUCGCCCGUGAGGUUGUCGGCCUUGCCCCCUAUGAGCGUCGUAUCAUCGAACUCCUGAGAAACACUCAGGACAAGCGCGCUCGUAAGCUCGCCAAGAAGAGACUCGGUACCUUCACCCGUGGCAAGCGCAAGGUUGAGGACAUGCAGCGUGUCAUCGCCGAGGCCCGCCGUGUGGGUGCUCACUAA